AUUUCCAUGUAGCACAUGAAAGAGCAGAAGCCUCCUUCUUCUUCACGCCAAAUUCAAGCUGUCCAAUCAGGAACCACCAACUCCUCCGACGGUGAUUGGUCGAACGCUACCGUCACAUGUCACUGCAACGUGUAUUCACCUACUCGCUUACGCAGUUUCUCGGGUCGCGUCCAAGUAUCGCGGGAGGAGUUUACGUACCGGCGGCCAGCUGCGCUCAGAAAUGAACGCAAAGACAGAAACGAACCCCAGGAACCAUCCCGAGUGAUUCACAGAACCUGCCCCACGCAGCAAUUCAAGAUGGUCCUGGAAGCUAUUUCAAGGAUAAUAAAAGUCCAGCUUCCAGCUUACCUCAAGAGGCUUCCGCUCCCGGAGACGAUCGGCGGAUUUGCAAGGUUAACAGUGUCCGAGUGGCUCCGGUUGCUUCCUCUCCUGGGUAUCCUGGCUCUGCUGGGCUACCUGACCAUUCGCCCGUUCCUGCCAAAGAAGAAGAAGCAGAGGGACAGCCUGAUCAACCUGAAGAUCCAGAAAGAGAACCCGAAAGUGGUCAAUGAGAUAGACAUCGAGGACCUGAACAGCGCAAACGUGUGUUACUGCCGCUGCUGGCGCUCCAAAACUUUUCCUGUUUGUGACAAGUCACACUUAAAGCACAAUGAACUAACUGGAGACAACGUGGGACCGCUCAUACUGAAGAAGAAGAUCCUAUAAUCGACCACCGACGGGAGGUUUCCUCUAACCAGUUUGCAGACUGCUGUCUCGGGCUUCUCUUGGUGUCAUGUUUGCAGUUGGGAAGGUUUUCUGUUUCGUUCUUUAUGGUCCCUCUGUUAACAGAAAAGCUUUUUUUAUAGGACUGUUUAAUCUGCUUUACUCAUGAACCAGUCUUUUGGAAUAAGUUAGAAACCACUGGGACCACUCUGAGGGAAAACUUGAAACAUUUGGAGCAUAACUGCAGUGACUUUAUGAUGACUUCCAGUAACCUGCACCCAUCACGGGAAAGGGUUUCCUCCCAGUUAAACGGCUGUAUAAAUGAAACGCUUAAUACUAGUCCGUAAUUAACAUUUUGUACUGUACGUCCUCAUUGUGGACAGUUCAUCCUCUUUUUAUAUAUAGCUUCUUUUCUGCUGCUAGUGCCAAAUAUUAACUCACUGUCUCCACUUUAAGGAUGUGAAAUAUUCUCUUCUAAGUUAUUGCGUGUAUGGGAGGCUACUUAUUGUUAUUCUUCAAAAGUGUUUAUUCACAGCCUUUAACCAUUUGAGUUUUACAUUUUGCAUUCAGUUCUUAUGCCUUCAGACAUUUCAAACCACUGAGUAAUAUCCAGUUAUGUGCAGUUGUGACCUCCUUGCUAACCUGUUGAGGUCUGAGGUCUUUUUUUUUUCUGUGUACUACCACCUGUGUCGUCAUAAUCACUGUAUAUAGCUUAUUUCUGGCAUAUUUCCCUUAUAAUUCAAUAAUAUUGCAUAUCAUUAUCUGUUCUGUACUUCCACGGUGAUGCGGUCUACAACGCAUAGAACUGCGUUCAUGAAUUGGUGUGAGUCAACGGCUCAUUCGUACAAAUGUAAAAAGAAAGAAAUGGUUAGCAUCAGCGGUUUUUAGCCACGAGCUGCUUGCUUUUAUAUCUGGAGAAUAUUUCAUGUUAUGUUCAGUUUAAACGUGUGUAAAUGAAUGACGAGGAAACUGAGCGUAUUACUUUGUGUCUGCUCAUCAGUUCUAUUGAGUAAAAUAAAUGAAUCGAAAGUGAGAACCACCA